GGAGAGCGUUUCCUGUGUUUUACCAUGAAUACAUUUUUCAGGGCUGCCUGCUUGCAUCGUAGGCCGGUGGAGAGGUUUGAAUAGGUAGAAUCAAAGAUCGCCGCUUUCUGAUAAACGCAAAUAUACGACAUUACUGAUGUUUCUCUUCCAACUGUUGCCCUUCCUUUGGGCUGUGUCUGCAAAUGCAGAUUUCUUUCAAUUUGACACUAUUUCAAAUGCAUCUACGUAUUAUUUCAAUUAUAUUUAUUGUAAUAUAUGGGAAGGGGAGUGUCAACCUAAUCAAGAUGAUACGACUCAGCAAGUACCUACGAGGGACCUGUGGGCAGGAUUUCCUCAGGACUACAUCAGUUUGCUGUCACAGUGGUAUUGCAGCCUGGGACAGUGCUGUGAAUCAGGGGAUUGUCGGAUAACAAAUAAUAUUACAGGUUUGGCUAGUGAUCUACAGCUAAAGCUUCAUGGGCAGCACCUUGCCCAAUCAGUGGUUUUGAAGGCUGUGCAGGGCUUCAUCAGUAACCCUGAAUCCAAUAAGCCUUUGACCCUCUCCUUUCAUGGCUGGUCUGGCACCGGCAAGAACUUUGUGGCCCGGAUUGUAGCUGACAACAUGUACCGGGAUGGAGUGAAGAGCGAGUGUGUGCGUCUUUUCAUCGCCCCAUUCCACUUCCCCCAUGCCAGACUGGUGGACACGUACAAGGGCCAGCUCAGAGAAGCUAUCCGGGACAUGGUGCUUCGUUGCCCACAGACACUUUUCAUCUUUGAUGAGGCUGAGAAACUGCAUCCGGGCCUUAUAGAUGCCAUCAAGCCCUAUAUGGACCAUUAUGACAAUGUGGAUGGGGUCAGCUACAGGAGAGCUGUCUUCUUAUUCCUCAGUAAUAUUGGUGGGACAACCAUCAACGAUGUGGCCUUGGACUUUUGGCACUCAGGGCAGAACAGAGAGGACAUUGGGAUGGAGGACUUGGAACACCGGCUUCGUGCUGAAGCUAUGGAAUCUCAAGGAGGCUUUGCACAGAGUGAGCUGAUGUCAGGCCAUCUUAUUGACUUCUUUGUGCCCUUCCUACCUCUGGAGUACCGUCAUGUCAAGCUCUGUGCCCGUGAUGCCUAUGCAGCGCGGGGUCUGGAGCCAGACGAGGGAACGCUGGACGAAGUGGCAAAGGCCAUGCUAUAUGUACCCAAGGAGGAGAGGCUGUUCUCUGCCCAAGGCUGCAAAUCCAUACCACAGAGGAUCAAUUUCUUCCUCCCCUAAACAGACUAAUGCAACCCAGAAAACACACAGUAUUUUAGCAAAAAACAAAAAAGUGUGAUGACAUAUUGAACAUUGUUGCAGUGUGGUGUUUCCACGCCUCACCCUACACUGCCAAGAAAGUAAGCAUAGGGCAUCUGUCUCUUGUAAGAUCAUAUCUGAUAACCAAAUAAGAGAUUUUACUAGUGUUAAUUUUCAACUUUGAUUUUUCCCUGCUCAUUAGACUACUGAUUUAGUAUUUGCAUAUAUAUAUAUAUAUAUAUAUAUAUAUAUAUAGUGCAUUCGGAAGGUAUUCAGACCCCUUGACUUUAUCCACAUUUUGUUACAGCCUUAUUCUAAAAUGUAUUAACAUUUUUUUUUUUUUUGCAAAAAAAUUAACUGAAAUUACAUUUACUUAAGUAUUCAGACCCUUACUCAGUACUUUGGCAGUGAUUACAGCCUCGAGUCUUCUUGGGUAUGAUGCUACAAGCUUGGCACACCUGUUUUUGGGUAGUUUAUCCCAUUCUUCUCUGCAGAUCCUCUCAAGCUCUGUCAGGUUGGAUGGGGAGCGUCGCUGCACAGCUAUUUUCAGGUCUCCAGAGAUGUUCGAUCGGGUUCUAGUCCAGGCUCUGGCUAGGCCACUCAAGUACAUUCAGAGACCUGUCCUGAAGCCACUCCUGUCUUGUCUUGGCUGUGUGCUUAGGGUCAUUCUCCUGUUGGAAGGUGAACCUUUGCCCCAGUCUAAGGUUCUUCGCGCUCUGGAGCAGGUUUUCAUCAAGGAGCUCUCUGUACUUUGCUCUGUUCAUCUUUCCCCUCGAUCCUGACUAGUCUCCCAGUCCCUGCCACUAAAAAACAUCCUCACAGCAUGAUGCUGCCACCACCGUAGGGACGGUGUCAGGUUUCCUCCAGACGUGACUCUUUGCAUUCAGGCCAAAGAGUUCAAUCUUAGUUUUAUCUGACCAGAGAAUCUAGUUUCUCAUGGUCUGAGAGUCUUUUAGGCAAACUCCAAGCGGGCUGUCAUGUGAAUUUUAUUGAUGAGUGCCUUCUGUCUGGCAACUCUACCAUAAAGGUCUGAUUGGUGGAGUGCUGCAGAGAUGGUUGUCCUACUGGAAGGUACUCCCAUCUCCACAGAGAAACUCUGGAGCGCUGUCAGAGUGAGGUUUUUGCUUUGACAUGCACUGUCAACUGUGGGACCUGAUAUAGACCGGUGUGUGUGCCUGUCGAAAUCAUGUCCAAUCAAUUGAAUUUACCACAGGUGGACUCCAAGCAAGUUGUAGAAACAGCUCAAAGAUGAUCAAUGGAAACAGGAUGCACCUGAGCUCAAUUUCGAAUCUCAUAGCAAAGGUUGAGUACUUAUGUAAAUCCAUUUUUUUAAAUUACAUUUUAUAUCUAUAUAUACAUUUCUAAAAAUGGUUUCCCCUUUGUUAUUAUGGGGUAUUGUGUGUGGCUUGAUGAGGAAGAAAAAUAUGCUUUUAUACAUUUUAGAAUAAGGCUGUAACCAAAUGUGGAGAAAGGGAAGGGGUCUGAAUACUUUCAGUUGGCACUGAGGAAAAAUUACAACUAUCUGCUUAAGCAGUGGCUGGCACUUCCAAUGCAAAGGAGGAAAUACUGUAUAUUACAGUAAACUAGGUAAAAUAUAAUUUCAUACAUUUUCUUAGGGGCAUUUUUAAUGAUUAUUCUGGAAUUUUGUAUAGAUUACUUGUUUUACAGGUGGACUAAAUAUUUCCAGGUUUGAUUUUAUUAAUUUCACCUUUUAUUUAACCAGGUAGGCCAGUUGAGAACAAGUUCUCAUUUACAACUGCGACCUGACCAAGAUAAAGCAAAGCAGUGCAACAAAAACAACACGGAGUUACAUAUAAACAAACAGUCAAUAACACAAAGGAAAAUAAAAUAUGUACAUUGUGUGCAAAUGUAGAAAAUAUAUACGAAGAAAGAAACUAUAUAUACAAGGGACGGGACAAUCAAAACAUCCCAUUGCUACGCCAUUACAAACAGUAUGACAUCAUUUAAAAUCAUUUGGAACCUACUGAAUAACUACAAUUCAGGUUAGAAGAAAGUAGUAUAAGUGUGCAGGAGUACAGGCAUUCACUUAUGUUGUUGAAAUGUUUACUGAACUAAAUGGUCUUGAGUAAUUCCAAACAUUUUUCCCCUCCAAUUAUUUUUAUCUUGAAUUAUUGAAUGUUGCAUUUACUUAAGUUUAGUAUUCCAACAAUGCUUUGAUACGUUUUUUUGUUGUCCAAUGGAAUGUGUUAUAAAAAUAGCCCAUUGUGAAGAUUGAAAUUAGCAAGUAUGUAUACUGAACAAAAAUAUAAUGUAACAUGCAACAAUUUCAACAGUUUUACUGAGUUACAGUUCAUAUAAGGAAAUCAGUCAAUUGAAAUGAGUUCAUUAGGCCCUAAUCUAUGAAUUUCACAUGACUGGGCAGGGGAGCAGCCAUAGGCCUACCCACUUGGAAGCCAGGCCCACUCACUUAGGAGCCAGACCUACCCAAUCAUAAUUAGUUUUUCCCUGCAAAGGGACUUUAUUACAGGCAUAAAUAAUCCUCAAUUUCAUCAGCUGUCCUGGUGGCUCGUCUCAGACGAACCCGCAGGUGAAGAAGCCAGGUGUGGAGGUCCUGGGCUGGCGUGUUUAAACGUGAUCUGUGGUUGUCAGGCCAGUUGGACUUAUUAAGAAAUACUAUUAUAGUAGAGAAAUUAACAUUAAAUUCUCUGGCAACAGCUCUGGUUGACAUUCCUGCAGUAAUCAUGCCAAUUGCGCUCUUUUAAAACUUGAGACAUCUGUGGCAUUGUAUUGUGUGACAAAACUGCACAUUUUAGAGUGGCCUUUUAAUGUCCCAGCACAAGGUUUCAUCAGCUUCUUGAUAUGCCACACCUGUCAGGUGGAUGGAUUAUCUUGGCAAAGGAGAAAUGCUCACGAACUGGGGUGUAAACAGAUUUGUGCAUGAAACAUUUCGAGGAUCUUUUAUUUCAGGUCAUGAAACAUGGGACCAACACUUUAAAUGUUCCGUUUAUAUUUUUGUUCAGUAUACAUAUCAGCAAGUCUUUAUAAAUGUUCGAUUGUCUGUGCUUUGCUGUGUUAUGACAUCUGCCUGUUUUCCAUCAAUGUAAAAAUGUAUUAUUAGCAUAUUCACUGCACAGCUUUUGUUUCAUGAGGAACUGUGAGGCUGCAUUCUGUCUAUGAUAUGGCUUCUAAUGUUUUGCUGUUUAAUGACCCCUGUCCAUAUCAUUGUGUGCAAUAACAAAGGUAUUAUGGUCAGUGUCCUAGUGUCACUCAGACCAGGCAAUCAGGAAAGUGGCUGCUGAAGAAAGGGAAUGUGUGCUGUCCCGGAGGAAUGGAAUUUAAGUCAUUUUAGACAAAUAAAACAUCAUUGAGAUCACUAA